GAAUGUAUAGCGAAACAGGAAACGACUGCUGUCCGCGUAGUAUCCGUACUAGUAUCGGGAAAUUUCCGAUAAGAAGACAACAGCAAGUCACGGAAAAUCGUCGACGAGAAGGGUUUUAAGUUUUUAGAUUUAUCUUUCUCUUCUACAAACUUUUAACGUCAAAAUAAUACUUCUUCUUCGACACUAAACGUUGCGUUUCACACACAAACAUCUGUUCAAUUCUCCUUGGACCUCUCUCCUUUUCCUCUGUCUUGCUCUUUUCUCUCUUUGGGAGGGAAUUGGAGCUUCCUUUGGCGGGAAUUCAAUUCCCUUUUGUAAUCUAAAUCUCUUUUUUGUAUAUGUAUUUUCCAUUUGGAGUUUCAUUUCAAUUGCCGUUUGGGAAUUCAAAGUAAAUAAUAUAUUUUUCUGUAUAUACAUUACAUAAGCUGCUGUUAGCGAAAGGGAAGACGAUGGGAGUAUCAGAUAAUUCAAAAGGGCUAAUUCUUGCAGUGGCAUCGAGUGCUUUUAUUGGGUGCAGCUUCAUUUUGAAGAAGAAGGGCUUGAAGCGAGCUGGUCCUAUUGGUACUCGUGCUGGAGUUGGUGGUUAUACCUACUUACUAGAGCCACUAUGGUGGGCUGGCAUGGUGACAAUGUUUGUCGGAGAGGUUGCAAAUUUCGUGGCUUAUGUUUAUGCUCCGGCAGUUUUAGUAACUCCACUUGGUGCACUUAGUAUCAUUAUCAGUGCAAUCUUGGCACACUUCAUGUUGAGGGAACGGCUGCAGAAAAUGGGUAUUGUUGGAUGUGUCUCCUGCAUUGUUGGAUCAGUAGUUAUUGUAAUCCAUGCACCUCAAGAGCUUACUCCUAAUUCUGUACAAGAGAUCUGGACUUUGGCAACCCAACCAGCAUUUUUAGUAUAUGUAGCAGCUUCACUUUCAAUGGUGUUAGCUUUGAUUUUGCACUUUGAACCUCAAUGUGGGCAGACAAACAUUUUGGUCUACUUGGGAAUAUGUUCUUUAAUUGGUUCGAUAACGGUUGUUAGCAUAAAGGCCAUUGGAAUCGCAAUAAAGCUUACUCUGGAGGGAACAAGUCAGCUAGCUUAUCCGCAGACUUGGUUUUUCCUUACGGUUGCAGUUAUUUGUGUCAUUACGCAGCUAAAUUACCUCAACAAGGCUUUGGAUACGUUCAAUGCAGCAGUUGUUUCUCCAGUAUAUUACGUAAUGUUUACAACUCUAACUAUUAUUGCUAGUGCCAUAAUGUUUAAGGAUUGGUCUGGUCAAGAUGUGAGCAGCAUAACCUCUGAGUUAUGUGGAUUCAUUACCGUAAUAUCAGGAACGAUCAUACUUCACGCAACUAGAGAACAGGAACCACCACCUCCUUUAGGAACUGUGACAUGGUACGUAAAUGAGGAUUCCGUUAAAGGCCUUGAAGAACAUUUAAUCAACAUACAAAGUUCAGAUGAGCAAUGAUUCUUCCAGGUUUGAGAUGGUUGUGAAAGGAAGAUGAUCACUGAUGUUGGAGCAAAUGCUGGAAUCAGUGUUAUGGCAAAGUAAUUGCAGCAUGAAGAUCUCCCUGUUUUUUGCGUUGUGAAUAAUUGGAGUGGUCUUUUGUGUAUGCCUUUUCUUGACAAGCUGUGGGAGGACACCCAGAGUGUAUAGCUCUAAUUUUGAAUCAUAAAAACCCUUGACUAACACUCUGAAGAGUCCAGUUGCCGUAUUAAAAGAUUAGCACAGAAAAAGAACUUACAGACAACAGAUUUAACCACAGGUACCAUGAUCUCCUGCAGCUGGUCAUGAUAUUUGUAAAUAUUUGUGUUUUAUCUAUUAGUUGCACUUGAUACCUUUCAUGGUCAAGUUUGAUUGAUAUGUGAGUGUUUAUUAGUCCACUGUUUAUAGUUAAGUAAAUUUUUUUUUUUUUUAAUUAAUUGCAUUUCCAUUUUCGUGAUA